AUGAACGACCCAGGUCUCAACACCCUCCUAAAAUGGUCCAUCGAGAACUCUGCCGUCUCAGAUGGUGCCAACCCCGACCAACCACGCACACAACUCAACCCCGAGCUCCUCGCACAAUUAAUGGGCGGCCCCUCUGAUGCCGACCGCAUGAUUUCGGCCAUGCAAGCCAUCCACGACCCCGAAGUCGACCACGAGAACAAAGGAAUCGCCUGGGACAACUUUGAGCAACUAGUCGAAAACCUUGACAAUGCAAACAACAUGGAGCAAUUAGGGUUGUGGAUGCCGCUUGUGCAGAAGCUGGAGAGCGAGGAAAAGCAGGAUAGAGAGAUGGCUUGUUGGUGUUUGGGCACCGCGGUACAGAACAACAUCAAGUCUCAGGAGCGCGCGCUAGCUGUCGGUGCAAUCCCCAAGGUUGCAAAGCUCUGCUCAGAUCCAGAUGCGGGCGUGCGCAAGAAGGCUAUCCGUGUCAUCAGCUCCGAGGUCAGAAACUACCAACCUGCCCUGGACGAGGCAGUCAAGUACCUGCCUGCGGAGAUCGUUGGCGAGGGCAAGUUCGAUGCCGAUGACAUGGCAAAUGUCGAUGUGCUUGUCAAUGGUCUGAGAGAAAGAAGUGCCAAGAUGGCUUAA